CGCCCAGACCCCACCCGCCCGGCCCAGGCUUCUGCUCUGUUGCGGUUGUUGGUUGACUGUGCGACCGCCGAGCUCCCGGCCUCCUUCCCGGUCCACAGAAGAUGCUGACGGCGCCAGGCUGACCAAGCGGACUGACCCGACAGACCCAACCCGACCCAACCCGACCCGGCCCGACAGGACCAGACCGACCCGGCCUACCCGAACUCCGCCCGCCGCCCCGAUGCGGCUGCGCCUCUUCCCCUUCGCGCUCGUGCUGCUUAACUGCGUGGACCUCGGUCACGGCCAGGGCGGCCGCUGGCGACGCGGGAAGCGAGCCAGCUACCUGUCAAGCCCCGCUUGCAAGGGCUGCUUGUCGUGCUCCAAGGACAACGGAUGCAGCCGUUGCCAGCAGAAGCUGUUCUUCUUCCUGCGGCGGGAGGGCAUGCGCCAGCACGGGGAGUGCCUGCACGCCUGCCCGGCGGGCUACUACGGGCACCGUGCUCCUGACAUGAACAGAUGUGCACGAUGCAGAAUAGAAAACUGUGACUCUUGCUUCAGCAAAGACUUUUGUACCAAGUGCAAGGUCGGCUUUUACCUGCACAGAGGCCGUUGCUUUGAAGAGUGUCCGGACGGCUUUGCGCCCUCGGAUGACUCCAUGGACUGUGUGGAAGGAUGUGAAGUUGGCCACUGGAGCGAAUGGGGAACAUGUAGCAGAAAUAAUCGCACAUGUGGAUUUAAAUGGGGCCUGGAAACCAGAACACGACAAAUUGUUAAAAAGCCAGCCAAAGACACGAUCCCCUGUCCGACCAUCGCGGAGUCCCGGCGAUGCAAGAUGGCCACGCGGCACUGUCCGGGAGGGAAGAGAAUGCCGAAGGCAAAGGGAAAGAAGAACAAGAAGAAGAAGAGGAAGCUGCUCGAGCGGGCACAGGAGCAGCACAGCGUCUUCCUAGCCACAGACAGAUUGAACCAAUAAAGCUGGACCUGGACGGUGGAUGGGGGUUUUGUUUUAUUUCCACAGAAGUACACAAAGCUCCUCUGCUCCUGCAUGCUGGUGCGCAGCCUUGGGCCGCUUUGCCAGCCUCCUUCCCAGUGGCAUCGUGAAAGCAGCAGCCUACGUGGCCUCGGGAUUUAUGCUUUGAUUACUCUGGAGCCUUGCAGGCUGGAGCUCCUGACUGUCUGCACCCAGGCUGGCACUUGCUUACUGUGCUGUCCUGGCUCUGGGGAGCUGCAGGGUGUGUGGCUAUGCCACCCCUGGAGAUGCACUCGAGCCUGACAUGUGAAGAGGAUGAGCAGUGGACUGAGUGCUGCUCACCUGUGACCUUUGCUUCUCAGCUGUGCAUCUGCAAGGACGGACGGGUGUGGAGCUCUGCUCUGUGUUGGCCUGUGGUGUUCUCAGUGUCCCUGACCUUCAGUCUGCUGCACGUGAAACGCCAUCCAGCUGGGGAUGAGCUGCGAACCCUGCUCCGUCCCGAGAUGCUGCGCUGGUCUGUGCAAACACCUCGGCCACCUAGAAAGCUCCACUUCCCAUGUAUUUAUGCUUUCUCAUGUGUAACGAGUUGUGCCCGGCCAUGUCACCUUGUUCCUAGUGGUCAUAGCCAUUGUCUGGCAAAGACUGUUCUUAGUUUUGCAAAUUGACAUGUUUUUGUUGCUUCUUUAAAUUUGUUUCCGGGGUGGGCUUCUUUCUCAUGGUAAGGGUAGGAUGCUUCUCAUCUCUAGAGUCCAGUCAGACUGCAAUGGUGAGAGACCGCCUGGGCUUGUACUGUCCAUGCCCAGGAGCAGCGCAUGGUGUCAGACAUCAGAAGCCAAACCUCCCUUGGAGUCUCAGAUGUGACGAUUUCACGAGACACAACUGAACACAUGAGAAAUUCGAUGCAGUCACCAUGCAAUGUAUUCCGACUUUUUUUUAAAAUGUAAAGCAAUCCCCACUUUCAGCUCCCAAUCUUACUGGGUGUGAGUAGACGUUAGGAUCAGAGAACUUUACAUAGAAUUGAGGGGAAAGCAGGAUGAAUUCCUACCGCUGCUGGUCAGGUCUGGACAGACCUCUACUGAGCCAGAGUCUAUCUCAUGUUUAAAAACAAAAGCGUGAUGGAAACUUGCCAGCCGAUUUACAGUUGUUCAAAAGUGCCACUGUCCACUAGAACCUCUUCUGAGGGGUUGUGAAUGGGCUUCUGAGAACUGGCCUUCCCAGGAAAACCAGAAUACAGCAAAACCACCACCACCAACAGGGUUGCAGAUUUCUGAGCAAGCAACCCAAGCAACAUCUGACCUUUCCCCGUCACCUUGCAUUGGCAAAACUACCUCUUCAGUGUUUUUGUUUAUGUCUGAGUUCAGAGCAUCUUUACCAAUGCGUACACCCGUCCUGUGCAUUCUUAGGAAACAGCGCUGUGAGACUGUAAGCCAUACAUGGACGUUGCAUCCAACUUCAGGGUUUGCAUUUAAUCCGAAAGUGUUCACCUCCUUUCAGGUCUGCUUACGCUAUCAUCCUGCUUCUACAUGGGGAGGGGUCUCCUUUCUAGAGGGCUUCACUGUUAGUAACUCAGUGCUGUUCUGUUUCUGAAAUGAUUGUGCAUUAAAAACCUUCAAAAUUA